AUGGACACCUCAUCCUCGCCCGCCGUAUUUGUCCUCGACUUCGACGGGACAAUCACAACCAAAGACACCAUCUCAACGCUAAGCAAACUCGCAGUCGAAUUCCAGAAAUCAAAGGGAAAGGACUUGACAAAGGCAUUGCAGGACCUCGUUGCGAGGUACCACGAGGACUACUCCAAGCAUGUGGCCGAGUACAGACCAGCAGGGCACGAGCGCAGAACCCUUGACGAGGAAAUCGAGUACAUGAGGAGUCUGACGGCCGUCGAAUUGAGAAGUUUCGGGCGCGUGAGCGCAUCCGAGAUUUUUCGGGACAUUGACGUCCAAGAUUGGCCAGAACUCGGGAGGGAAGCGGUUGCGGGAGGCGAGGUCAAGACCCGGAAAGGAUUUCAGGACUUUGUUGCCGGCAUCGACAAGCUGGGAGCGAUUUGGGGUAUCGUGUCGGCGAACUUCUCGGCCUACUUCAUUCGUAGCGUCUUGAUGGCGGUUGGUGUUGACAACGGGAAUGUGCAAGUACAAGCGAACUGGCCGGGGAACUCAGGAGAGUUAAGAGGUCCGCAUGAGGGGGCCCUUAUUGCAACCUCAGAGGCAAAACUUGGGACGACGAGGGAGUUGCUUAAAUUUUGGGAUGCCGACAAUGAGUAUAGAGACCGGACGUCAAAGUUCGUCUACAUUGGCGACUCGGGGACAGAUAUCGAAUGCUUGACGGCAGACGGCGCGGUAGGGAUUGUCAUGUCUGCGGACGGAGAAGGUGGUUUGAUAGAAACUCUCAAGCGUGUAAAUGUUGACGUUGACCACAUCAGCAAGUACGAGAAGCGAAGGGGCUCCUCGGUAUAUUGGGCACGAGAUUUUGAAGAAAUUUUGAAAAGCCCGCUACUCAACGAAGCAAAUUGA